CCUAACUCCCUCUCCCAAACUUACUCGCCGCUGCGCACCUCGCUGAACCAGACUCACCCGAGAUCGGCCGCCGGCUGCCUGCUCCGCCGCAUCGAAGCCUCUGCGAACAGACGAAGACAUUGGAAUCAAACUAUCCUGGGAAAUAGGAAAAUUGUAAGAUUAAAGCUCCAGACCUUCAAGAAAUGGCUGAAAAAUUGGCCCCUGAGAAGCACCAUAGCUUCAUCCACAAUGGUCAGAAGGUCUUUGAAUGGGACCAAACGCUUGAAGAGUUGAAUAUUUAUAUCAAUCUCCCGGAAAAUGUUCCCAAAAAGCUAUUCUAUUGUAAAAUCGAGUCCAAACAUUUGGAAGUUGGGAUUAAAGGCAACCCUCCUUACCUCAAUCAUGACCUUACCAAUCAUGUGAAGACAGACUGCUCAUUCUGGACUUUAGAGGAUGAUAUACUGCACGUAACCCUUCAGAAGAGGGAUAAAGGUCAGACAUGGUCUUCUCCUAUCAUGGGUCAAGGUCAGUUGGAUCCAUACACCACAGACCUUGAACAGAAGCGCCUCAUGCUUCAAAGGUUCCAAGAAGAGAAUCCUGGCUUUGAUUUUUCACAAGCACAGUUCAAUGGCAAUUGCCCUGAUCCAAAGUCCUUCAUGGGUGGGAUCCGAUCUACUUAACUUUGAAAGUAAUGUAUCUUCACUCUGAUUCAUCUCUGAGUCUCGGCUUACUGCAGUCUCUAGUGGAUGUCAUGUCAAAACUGGAUUUGUGCAAUUGUUAGGUAAACACGAUGAAAAAUAAGUUGUUGGAAUUGAAUGUGGUGUAUGUAUAUAACAAUUUAAUGUGUGUGUGAAAUAAAACUAAAACUAUGUGCCAUGAAA